CAGCUGCCCUGGCUAAGGACCAGCUGGGCCCAAGCACUCAGGACAGAGGCCGGGCAGGCUCCUUCUGCGGCCCUGCCCUCAGAGUGCUGUGGCCUCCCGCUCCAAUAGGCUAAGGGUUGGGGGGGCAACUGCCCUGCCUCCCCCUGCUCCCUGGGGCUGCUCCGGGUGAAGGUGACAGGUGGGGGAGGCAGGUGGAGAAUUGGGCCAGUGAGCUCAUAGCAAAGGCACCCAGCAGGGCGGGGGUGGGUGCCCGGUCUAUAAAGCCCCCAUGGCCCUGCGACCUACAGCGGCAGCUUACAGACGGCGGGCACCAUGGCAGGCUCUGAAGCGGUGCAGAGGGCCACGGCGCUAAUUGAGCAGCGGCUGGCGCAGGAGGAGGAGAAUGAGAAACUCCAUGGAACCGCCCACCAGAAAUUGCCCAUGGACAUGCUGGUGUUGGAGAAUGAGAAGCACCAAGGAGCUCAGAGUCUGGCCUUACAAAAGGUUAAGGGCCAAGAGCGCGUGCGCAAGACAUCCCUAGACCUGCGGCGGGAGAUCAUUGAUGUGGGCGGGAUCCACAACCUCAUCGAGCUUCGGAAAAAACGGAAGCAGAAGAAACGAGAGGCCCUGGUGGCCCCCCAGGAGCCGCCUGCAGAGCCCGAAGAGACAACUGGUCCUGUGGAUGAGGAGACGUUCCUGAAAGCCUCGGUGGAGGGGAAAAUGAAGGUCAUUGAGAAGUUCCUGGCUGGCGGGGGUUCCCCAGACGCCUGCGAUCAGUUCCGUCGGACAGCACUGCACCGAGCUUCCCUGGAGGGCCACAUGGAGAUCCUGGAGAAGCUUCUGGAUAGCGGGGCCACUGUGGACUUUCAGGAUCGGCUGGACUGCACAGCCAUGCAUUGGGCCUGCCGCGGGGGCCACUUGGAGGUGGUGAAACUCCUACAAAGCCGAGGAGCAGACAGCAAUAUGAGGGAUAAGCUGCUGAGUACGCCUCUGCACGUGGCGGUCAGAACAGGGCACGUGGAGAUCGUGGAGUACUUUCUAUCCCUGGGCCUGGACAUCAACGUCAAAGACAGAGAAGGCGACAGUGCCCUGCAUGACGCCGUGAGGCUCAACCGCUACAAAAUCAUCAAACUGCUGCUACUGCAUGGGGCUGACAUGAUGACCAAGAACCUGGCAGGAAAGACUCCCACGGACCUGGUGCAGCUGUGGCAAGCUGACACCCGAAGUGCUCUGGAGCACCCCGAGGCAGGGUCAGAGCAGAACGGGCUGGAGGGGGCUGCUGGGAGUCGACCAGCGACCCCCCAACCUGUGCCAGCCCAGUAAACGCCUGCCCCAGCCCAGCUCAGCACCUGGCCCGUCUCCUGCAUGCAGCUGGAUGGUAAUAUGAAUGGCCUCCAAACCUGAGCCAUUCCUCUGCGUAAGAUCCAAGAGCUCCCACAAGCUACUACAAUAAAAAAGUCAUUUUGCUAUG